GCAUCCUCUGACUGGAUGAAGUGUUGUGUCAGUCCCGCUGAAAGCCGAGCUCUGAUUGGCCCCUCCCCGGUGAGGUCUCGCCCCUCUGACCUAGCUCAUUGCUCGCCCUUCUCCGGCUCCAUCUCUCCAUUUUACAGCCGCAGCCGCAGCUUCCUGCAUCUGUCUCCGCUCAUCCUGUGCACGUUACAUCAGCCUGUCAACAUGACUCACGCGUACCCCUUCCUGAGUGCUGAGCAGAAGAAGGAGCUCAGUGACAUCGCUCAGAGGAUCGUGGCUGCUGGGAAAGGCAUCCUGGCAGCUGAUGAAUCCACAGGUAGUGUCGCCAAGCGCUUCCAGAGCAUCAACGCCGAGAACACGGAGGAGAACAGGAGGCUUUACCGCCAGCUCCUCUUCACCGCUGAUGAACGGGUCCACCCCUGCAUCGGAGGCAUCAUCUUCUUCCACGAGACGCUCUACCAGAAGACGGACGAUGGAAAGCCCUUCCCCCAGCUGGUCAAAGAGAAGGGCAUGGUGGUGGGCAUCAAGGUGGACAAGGGCGUGGUUCCCCUCGCCGGCACCAACGGAGAGACCACCACUCAGGGUCUGGACGGGCUCUACGAGCGCUGCGCUCAGUACAAAAAGGACGGCGCUGACUUUGCCAAGUGGCGAUGUGUGUUAAAGAUCACCCCAACCACCCCGUCCAGUCUGGCCAUCAUGGAGAACGCCAACGUGCUGGCCCGCUAUGCCAGCAUCUGCCAGAUGCAUGGCAUCGUGCCCAUCGUGGAGCCUGAGAUUCUUCCAGAUGGGGACCACGACCUGCAGCGCUGCCAGUACGUCACCGAGAAGGUGUUGGCAGCUGUCUACAAGGCGCUGUCUGACCACCACGUCUAUCUGGAGGGCACGCUGCUCAAACCUAACAUGGUGACCGCCGGACACUCCUGCCCCAAAAAGUAUGGCGCUCAAGAGAUCGCCAUGGCAACUGUCACUGCUCUGCGCCGCACCGUACCCCCCGCUGUGCCAGGUGUGACCUUCCUGUCAGGUGGUCAGAGCGAGGAGGAGGCCACCAUCAACCUGAACGCCAUCAACCAGUGUCCCCUGCACCGGCCCUGGGCCCUCACCUUCUCCUUCGGCCGGGCCCUCCAGGCCUCAGCACUGAAGGCCUGGGGAGGCAAGCCGGAGAAUGGCAAGGCCUGCCAGGAAGAGUACAUCAAGAGAGCCCUGAAUAACAGCCAGGCGGCUGUAGGGAAGUACGUGUCCUCUGGAGACAAGGGGUCAGCAGCUCAAGAGUCUCUGUAUGUGGCUAACCACGCCUACUAAACUCCACUUCUCCUCCACCCCCAUUCCACACCGUCACUCCACUCCUUCAGACCCCAUCCAGCUGGACCAGGCUGCAACCUCCAGACUCACCAGCCAUUCCAUGUCAAUCCAUUAGUGAUGAGAGCCUCGACAGAAAAACAUUUUGAUUUUAAAAGAUGACUAUGUUACCCAUAAGCCCAUAAGUAUAAAUCAUGUAGCUCUGUCCUGCCUUUUAAGUUUGACCUGUGAGGUCAGUGUUACUGUGCGGCCGGACUCGGUGUGUCUGUGUCACUUUAUUUGUUUGUGCACUUAAAUCCUGCAGAGCUGUCCUCAGUGUGUAGUUCCAUGUGUGGUUUGUAACAUUAAGCACACGUGCCUUCAUUCAACUGAACCGACUGCUGGAAGGACACUUUGUAGAGGACCUUCUAAAGAAUAUAAAGUAUUAGAGUGUAUACACUGGAAGAGCUUCAAAUUAAAAUAUUCCACGACUGA